AUGCAGACAAAACUGAUUGCUUUUUCACUCAUGUCUUGCCUGCUCAGGAUAAUGAUGGGGGAGAUGUGUCACGAAAGUGGGCAUAUUGACAAUGUGCCAAAUGUGGGCAAGGAGAGGGGUGUGCUGGAAAUAGAGGGAAAGCCAGGCAAGGGGGUGCCGGCCCAGGAAUCCCAUACUGGGAUCUGGUUAUACAUCUUACAUGACAAGGUUGGGGAAGACUGGAUACAAGAUGAUUUCACUCCUGUGCGAAAGUCCAGCAUGCGCCUGUUGCUGAAGUUCAGUUCAGUCCAGUUCUUCACCUCUUUUUGA